UCCGGGCAUCUCGGGCUGCGUUCAAGCGCGCUGACGUCACCUAUAUAAAGGCCCUCCGCGCCUUUGUUCCUCCUCAGUGCGUCGUGGGUCUUCUGCCGGCAGGGUCGAGAUCCCAAACAUUGUCAAAAUGGUUGAAGCAGAUCGUCCAGGGAAGCUGUUCAUUGGUGGCCUAAACACAGAGACAAAUGAGAAGGCUCUUGAAGCUGUCUUUGGCAAAUAUGGUCGCAUAGUGGAAGUUCUCCUCAUGAAAGAUCGUGAAACCAACAAGUCAAGAGGCUUUGCUUUUGUCACCUUUGAGAGCCCAGUAGAUGCCAAGGAUGCUGCCAGAGAUAUGAAUGGAAAGUCUUUAGAUGGAAAAGCUAUUAAAGUUGAACAAGCUACCAAGCCAACCUUUGAAACCGGUAGACGAGGGCCCUUACCCCCUCCAAGGAGCAGAGGUCCUCCAAGAGGUCUUAGAGGUGGAAGAGGCGGAAGUGGAACACGGGGGCCUCCUUCCAGAGGGAGUCACUUGGGUUCCUCUAGAGGCCCUCUGCCCAUGAAGAGAGGCCCACCGCCCCGCAGUGGAGGCCCACCACCUAAAAGACCCACUCCUUCAGGGCCUGUGCGUAGCAGCAGUGGAAUGGGUGGCAGAGCGCCCCUGUCACGUGGCAGAGACAGUUACGGACCUCCACGCAGAGAGCCGCUUCCAUCACGAAGGGAUGUCUACUUGUCUCCUAGAGAUGAUGGCUAUAGUACUAAAGACAGUUAUUCGAGUCGAGACUACCCGAAUUCCAGGGACACCCGUGAUUAUGCUCCACCCCCAAGGGAUUAUGCCUACCGUGAUUACGGCCACUCCAGUUCUCGCGAUGAGUAUCCCUCAAGAGGUUACAGCAGCUACUCCUCUUACAAUGAUCGGGAUGGCUAUGGAGGCCGUGAUCGAGAUUACUCGGAUCACCCGAGCGGAGGCUCUUACCGAGAUUCUUAUGAGAGUUAUGGUAACUCACGUAGUGCUCCACCUGCACGAGGCCCCCCGCCAUCUUAUGGUGGAAGCAGUCGCUAUGAUGAUUACGGGAGCGCCCGAGAUGGGUACGGCGGGAGCCGGGACAGUUACUCAAGCAGCAGGAGCGAUGUCUACUCAAGCGGCCGUGACCGGGUCGGGAGGCAAGACCGAGGCCUGCCCCCCUCCAUGGAAAGGGGCUACCCACCUCCCCGCGAUUCCUACAGCAACUCCAGCCGUGGGGGCCCCAGGGGCGGAGGCCGCGGAGGGAGCCGCUCCGACAGGGGCGGGGGCCGAAGCCGAUACUGAAAGGAACCCCGGCAACAAAACUUUGGACCAAAUCAGUCAUAUAUCAUUUUUUUUUUGUUCCUUCAACAAAAAACGAGCGUGGAAGUUUUACCUUCACUCCCAAGAGGACUACCGACGCAUUGUUUUUACUCCUUUUUUAUUGUUGCUUGUUAAAAGUUCCCUUCCAUUACUGAUCGGUAUUUUUUUUUGGUGAGGAAAACGUAAACAUGUUUUAAUUUCAUUUCAAAAUUGUUAAUAAGCCAAUGUUAAUGUAUGACCUUUUUAGCCUGUGUACCUACUAGUGUUGUAACCUUUUUCCGAGUAAAACGUUAACCCUGAAAAA